AUGGCUCACUCAUCUCACCCAUGUGGCUGGAGGGAGAUGACAAAUGGAGGGGGGCGGCCCCACUUCAACAAUGGAGGCCAGACUGGGGGUACCCACAGCACCACGCGCUAUAUGCUGAAGAAACAGCACCGCCACAGACGCAGGUCCUCCUCACCGAUGGGCAGGGUCAUUCUCAUCAACGCACCUGUUGAUGGAGGGGAUGACAGUGAAGACAUUCACUCAGUGACCGUAGAUAAGAGUCCCAAUGGGUGUCUGGGUUUCAGCGUCCGUGGAGGCUCUGAACAUGGACUUGGCAUAUUUGUCAGCAAGGUUGAGGACAAUAGCUCCGCAGCGCAGGCUGGGCUAGCUGUGGGCGAUAAGCUGGUGGAGGUGAAUGGGGUCAGCCUGGAGAGCAUCACCAUGAGCAGUGCUGUCAAAGUCCUGACAGGCAACAACAGGCUGAGGAUGGUGGUGAGACGGGUGGGCAAGAUCCCCGGUAUCCGCUACUCCAAGGAGAAGACCACAUGGGUGGAUCUGAUUCACCGGCGGAUGGUGGUGGAGGAGAGAGGUUGCACACCAUCAGAGGCCAGUUCAGACAGCGCUCUCCGCAGGAUCGUACAUCUCUUCACCACAUCAGAUGACUACUGCUUGGGCUUCAACAUCAGAGGAGGCAAAGAGUUCGGACUGGGGAUAUAUGUUUCUAAGCUGGACCCAGGUGGGCUCGCGGAGCAGCAUGGCAUCAAAAUGGGCGAUCAAAUCCUUGCAGCCAAUGGGGUGAGCUUUGACGACAUCACCCACAGCAAUGCAGUCGAGGUCCUGAAGAGCCACACCCAUGUGAUGUUGACCAUCAGGGAAGCUGGGAGAUACCCUGCAUACAAGGAGAUGGUGGCAGAAUACGGCUGGCUCGAUAAAUUGGCGAAUGGGGGCCCUGCACCAUCCUCCCAGGGUUCAGACUCCAAUUCCUCUGCCUCCUCGCUAUCCUCCAGCACCCCCCUCAGUUCCCUUAGUGGUCUCUCCCAGGUCCUUUUCCCGCCUGUCUUUGGCUCAGAGAUGGUAGACGUCGCCAUCUCCACAGAGGACCGCUCCCGAAGUCCAAGCAGUGCUGAGCGAACCGCUGACACCGCCAUACAGACUGAUCCCCACCCUCCAAACUACUUGGACCACCCCUCUACCCAUAAUGGGUCGUACCCUGACAGGCCAGUUGCUGCAGAAACCAGACGGACUGUAGGUGCCACAGUGCUGCUGAAGGACACAGUCAUACGUGGGAAAGGGAAAGGAACAAGGGAGAUGGGAGGAGCUGGGGAAGGAGGGUGGCGAUGGACAAGGACGCUGUCAGCUGGGGACCAGGAAGUGGCAAAACACUCACCUAAGACGGCAGCGCUGAUGGCCCUGAGCAGACCACGGAAACCCAUCAGACGUUCCCAGAGCCACAUCACUGUAUCAGAGGACAGACAGAAGAAGAGGAGGCAGCAGAAGGAAAAGAGCUCGGCAGAGGGUAAAACAAGCCUGCAGCGCUCCAAAACCUUUGUCAACCUGUUAUUUAAGAAAGACCGUAAAGAGAAGAGCUGCUCCAAGUCACCAUCCCACCAUGCUGACAAAGGUAAGGAGCGGGGUUGUACUUUCCCGCUCUUGACCUCCCCGAGGGAACCCUGUGCUGGGGUCAAAGAAGACAGCAGUCUGCUUCCCCGACCCGAGACCCUACAGCACAUGGAGGACGUGGCAAAGAAACUGCUCAGCCAGGAUGAGGUGGCUGCUGUGAUUAGACACUGUCAGCGGUUUUUGUCCAACAAUGUGAUUGAGGAUUUAGUACGUCCCCUUUUGGCAAUCUUGGACAGGCCAGAAAAACUGCUACUUCUCAGAGAAAUAAGAAUGCUGAUACCUCCGACUGAGUUGGGUCGGUUUGACAGCAUGGUCAUGCCCUUUGAGCUGGAGGCGUACAAUAUUCUCAAGAGUCGCUCAAUGCGUUCUCCAGCUCUGCGCUCCCCUCGCAGUGGAACCCCUCGACGUCACCUCAUCACCCCAAUCCCAGACUACAGGGGUGGGUUCCACCUCCAGCCGGUCCAGGACGCACUGCGAGAGCGUCAGUUGGUUGAGGAGUUGGAGAGAUUGCGUUUGUCUGGACAACAGUCAGGCCAUCUGACUCCAUCACGUGCCUUCAACCCCUUGCUGGAUGUUCCUGUGGACAGCUACGCUCCCUCCAAUGUACGCUCCCGCUCCCUGAGCCCCUCACCCACCCACAGCUUCCUCCUCCCAGAUAUAUCACACAGCACCCAACGUGGGCGCCAACUCCAUCACUCCCCAAACAGAAGAGAGAACGGGGCGUCGCAGUAUGAAGAGGUCACCUUAUUAUCCGUGUCUGAUCAAGGACAUGUGGCUCCUGAACGAGGGAGGUCGCCUGUGAGGAGCGCCCGUGGGAGAGCGAGGAGGGAGGCGAGUCCUGACAGCGUAGAUGGCAGAUGGAACAGGCAGGAGGGCUUCACAGAGGUCAGUGUACGUGUUCCUUCACAACGGAGAGGGAGAAUUCCUUUGGCUAAUGUAUUUGAGGCAUCAAGAGACAAGAGCCCAUCCACAGGCAGAGAAAGCAGUCAACAGGUAAACAGACAUUCACCAAAUGGUCAUGAUGUGAAAAGAAAAGCACCUCUGCCACCUGAGGAGUAUGUAAUCACCACUUUGACCAUCUCCAAGGCCAAGCAGUCACUGGGUAUUAGCAUCUCUGGAGGUUUGGAGUCAAGGGUGCAGCCCAUGAUAAAGAUUGAGAAAAUCUUCCCAGGAGGAGCUGCGUCUACAAAUGAGGCUCUCAAGGCAGGGUAUGAGCUGUUGUCUGUGGACGGUGAGAGUCUGGAAGGAGUGACUCAUCAGCAUGCGGUGGACGCAAUUCGCCACGCGUUCAGCAACAAGGCCAAAGACCCAAUGGUUUUUGUGGUCAAGGUCCCUACCUCCCCUGCCAGCCCCAGGAGACCUGCUGACUAACCUCUGGGGGCCUCACAGCGAGACUGCAGCUCAGGCGUGAAGGACACCAAAACCUGCAGCUCCUGCGGGAGUGAAUUAAAUGCAGGACUCACUCCAUAAGAGCAAAUGUGCGAAAGGUAGACGUCUUGUCAUAGUGGAGAGGAAUGGAAGCACAGAAGCAUCAGUUCUGUUAAAGGCAGAGUUUUGACAAGAAGGACAAGGAAAUUUGUCAGAAACAAAGGUGAACGUGUUUGAACAGAUUUUUAAGACUGAUACAGUAUCUUAUUUAUCAGGAUCAAGAUUGUUAUAAAGCCCUUUUGCUAUAAUGAAAUGUCAAUACUGUGUUGAAGUAAUUAUGUUGCAACUGUAUGACUUUUAUAACAUUCUCAGCAUUUUUAGCAAACACUUUACUGAAUGCAUACAUUGCACAUAAACUCGAUUAAAAGUAAGUCAUUUAGUGUUUUCUAAAGGGUCUUUUACGAUAAGAGUGUGUGGUUCAUAAACUCUUCCUUGGUUGAAAUUGUGCCACUGUUUGACACGUGGCAACCUUGCCACGACCUUUGAGCACUGUAUGAUUGUGAAGCCAGUGGUGUGCACAUUUCAGUUGGAGGAUCUCAAUCCAGCAGCCCUGCAGGCAGGCCAGAGGGAGAUUACCCCAGCCUGCGUUAUGAGAUUUAUAGAUUUAUACCCAGAUUAAACCCCUGUAUUAUGUCAAAACUGAUAGUUUGGGUUUAGUUGGAUGUCUGGGGGGAUUAUUACAAAUUGCUGCUCAAUAAUUUUUGUGCUGCAUUUAUCUGGCAGAAGUGCUUGUGCUCUGGAGCAAUCCGCCACUUUAGAGGCUUAAUUACACCAUGCUGUGGACUGAGCUUAUGCAGACAUGUGGAGGAGUUGGAAAAACAUGUCAAUGAGAAAUGCAGGAUAUGGAGGCCGGUGGCACACUUUAAAUCAACGUAGACUAGAGGAGAUAUGAGGAGCACGAUAACUGGAAUUAUAGUGUGCAUAGUGCCUUACUUCUGCAGAUGGCCAGCGGGGAAAAAAACUGAUAAAAUGUUGUAAAAACUUGGUUUUAAGAAGUGCUAGAAAAGCUUAACGUGAAAUGUUUC